CCAUUACACACACACUACGCGACCCUCAAUGUCCGCAAAGCAACCUAAAGUCAUGCAUGUGUGUGUUCGUGAAUAAACUGCAUGAUUUAAAACACACAUUAUGUAUCACAGGUUAUACAGACUCAUUCGAGGCUCGUGCCAGCAGCUUUUUGAGGGCUUAAAUUCAUCUGGGCGUUUAAUUGGAGGAAAUGUGGGGCUUCAGCGUCCGCUGUCAUGCAGCGCCAUCCGAUUACAAGAGUCUGAUGCCGUGGAAACCAAGAGCCCAUCAGCACCAGGAAAACGACUUAAAGACCUCUUCCCUCCAUUUCCGGGUCAGGAAAGCUCCCUGACAUGGGACAGUAAGAAGUUUGAAGAGUUACCGAUCGCACACAUAAAAGCCACAUAUAAUAACACACAUAUCCAAGUCACAGAUAGCGCUGGCCAGUACAUGGUCCGGACCUCGUGUGGAUCAGAGGGCUUCAAGAAUGUGAAGAAAUCCACUUCUAUUGCAGCACAGACUGCUGGGAUUUCAGCUGCUGCGAAGGCGAGGGCGAAGGGGGUCAACUACGUCCGUGUGCUGGUGAAAGGACUCGGUCCAGGGCGCUUGUCUGCCAUCAAAGGGUUAACCAUGGGAGGACUAGAGGUUGUUUCCAUCACCGACAACACCCCAGUGCCACACAAUGGCUGUCGCCCUCGCAAAGCACGAAGGAUGUGAGGAGGAAGAAACCCCUUGAACCCUGAAGUCUUGUUUGUCAUUAUCAUUGACCAUCCGCUCUGAAUAGAGAGGUUGAAUGCAGGAUUAUUCUGGUCAACACUGUUUUUUGCAGCUGCAGUGCUGUUAAUAUGUUAUUUACCUUUUUGAUAAAAAUUAAAGUGUGAAGAUGUCACUCA